CUUAGGCAACCAACCUGUCUCUUGUUUCCUUCAUACUUGUCCUGUUGGAACCUCUGCAACACUCUCUCUCUCUCUCUAAACUCCAUGAAACAACCACCAUAACUCCAUCUCUGCUAGCUGCUGCUGAGCAUGUGUUUUAAGGUGUGAUUAAUGGCGUUGAGUGGCAGUGAGAAAGAGAUAGGAAUGCAGACUUCAUCUCCUUACAACAACAACCACUUGAUUAGGGAGUCCUCCUCUGAAACUGUAGAUCAUGGGUUGGAUCCAGAUCGGUUUCCCGGCACCGGAGCUUCCGUCACACCCAUUUCCGUCGGAUCUAAGCUGUUGAAGUCGCCGGUGCAGAUGCCCAGGUACAGAGAAUGUCUCAAGAACCAUGCUGCGAACAUGGGGGGGAACAUCACCGACGGAUGCGGUGAGUUUAUGCCGUCAGGAGACGACGGAACCCUAGAAGCACUGAAAUGCGCCGCCUGUAACUGCCACCGGAACUUCCACCGCAAAGAAUACCCCACCACCAGUCCCUCGGCAGCUGGACCUUUCCUCCAGCUCCCUCCUCCCUUACCUUCUCCAUCCCCUUCACCAUCAUUCCACCACCACCAUCACCACCACCGUACCCCUCCUCCAACAAUCUCCCUCCACCACCACCCCAACUGGGCUUCCUCCAUCAACGCUCCCCCAGUUAAAAUGGCUUUCGGUGGAAGCGGUGGUGCAGCCACCGAAUCCUCCAGCGAGGAGCUGAACUUCACGACGGCGGGUGUAGCUCCCCUUUAUGGGAUGACAAAAAAGAGAUUCCGAACGAAAUUUACCCAAGAUCAGAAGGAUAAAAUGCUGGAAUUCGCAGAGAAAGUGGGGUGGAGGAUCCCAAGAGAAGACGAUCCAGAGGUUCAAAGGUUUUGUGCCGAGGUAGGAGUUAAAAGACAAGUCCUCAAGGUUUGGAUGCAUAAUAAUAAAGCCACUUCUGGGAAAAAGCAAGUUCAAGAUUCCAAUGAGAGCAUUAAUUAAUUGUACGGUACAACCCGAUUAUGCAUAAAUUUGGGUAGAAUGUUGUAGUGUGUAUAUCAAGGCUAGCUAGAUAGAGAUGCAUUCUAUCUAUAUUGCAUCUUCUUGCUCAUGUUUUCCUUCUCAUUUCCAUUUUUUGGGUGGCUUAAUUAAAUUUUAUCAUGUCAUUUUGGU